AUGGAAAAUAUCACCGUGUACGAAGAGGAUGGAGACUUAUACGAAUUAUCACUAUGUGAAUUAAUUUUCUGGUGUAUUCUCUACGCUGUAAUUGCUUUACUUGCUGUUGUUGGUAAUUCUUUAGUGAUAUUCAUCACAUUGGUAAGAUUGAGGUCUCGAGCCGUCACCACUUAUUUCAUCAUCAACCUUGCAUUUGCCGAUUUGCUCACUGGCAUAUUUGCUAUUCCUUUUAAAUUCCAGGCAGCGUUAUUUCAGGAAUGGUUUUUGCCCAAUUCAUUAUGUCAAAUUGUCCCGUAUGCGGAGACCGUGUCUUUGUCCGUGUCUGUUUUCACGUUGACCGCGUCGGCUGUACACGAAUUUCGCACAGUGUUUCUCCCUAAACGCUGGAGACUGAACACCCGAAACGCCAGGUUUUUAGUCGUGCUGAUAUGGUUAGUAGCAGCGCUUGUCUCGUUGCCUCAUGGACUUUUCCAUCAGGUGUAUUUGAUUGAGGAUGGAGACCUUAUUAUUGCUCAGUGUCGACCCGUGUACGCAGAUGAAAGUUGGUGGAAAAUUUACAAUGUUUACCUGACCAUAAUACAUUAUUUCGUGCCGAUGGUCAUUUUAGACACUGCGUAUACAAUGAUCGCAAUUAAAAUUUGGACAUCAACAGUCAGCACUGGCGAAGAGUCACAAAAUUUGAACAAUCAGAAUAACCUCAACACUGAGAUAUCUAAUAGAAAGCUUAUUUAUAUGCUAAUGAUUGUUGUUGCUUGCUUUUCCCUUUGCUGGUUUCCGCUCGAAUCGUACCUGCUGCUCAACGAAAUAAAACCGGAAAUCAAUGGGUGGAAAUAUAUUAACGUUCUGUUCUUCUGUUCGCAUUGGCUCGCUAUGUCCAAUUCUUGCCUGAAUCCGAUUAUUUAUGGACUCUACAAUAACAAGUAUAAACGAGAGUACCAACGGGUGUUAAGCCGCAUUCGAUGUCAUUCUGUAGACGAAUCAGUAGGAGAAGGAUUCAAAUUCUCCACUGAAUGUUCACAAGAGGUUGUCCACCGAGCAUGGCCAAAUCCGUACUCAGAUGAUGGUGCUCCAUUCUACACCGAAACCUUUCAGAUCGUUAGUUGUACCUAG